AUGAGCCGGCCGUCGCAGCCUAAAGUCACGUCAUCGGAGCACAACGGCGUAAGCGUCAUCCAGAGCCAGGUGGCCGUCGUCGGAGCCGGGCAGGCGCCCCAGCUGGUGCCCGCGCUCCCCUCGUCCCCGGGCGGCAAGGCCGCCGCCCCCGGCAAGAUGAAGAAGGCAACGGCCGACAAGGACAGCGACGAGUACCGCCAGCGCCGCGAGCGCAACAACCUGGCGGUGAAGAAGAGUCGGCAGCGUAGCAAGCAGAAGGCCAUGGACACGCAGCAGCGUGUCAACCAGCUAAAGGAGGAGAACGAGCGGCUGGAGGCUAAAAUCAAACUGCUCAGCAAAGAACUCAGCGUGCUGAAAGACCUCUUCCUGGAACACGCCCACAACCUGGCCGACAACGUGCAGCCCCCUUCCGGCGCUAGCCCCGCCACCGACAACCAGUGA